AUGGUAAAUGAAAGCAAAAACAUGUACAUCCCGGAGGACACCCUUGAGAAUCAUCAAGGCUCCGACUACUCUCCCCCUCCACCCCUGCCCCGUCCUCCUCCAGCUGGCCUGACAAAUGACCACAGCAGUGGCGGCCAUGGUGACCACAGCGGCGGAGGGGGCGGGGCUAACCACGGCGUGGGAGUGGUUGGCCUGGCUCCGGAGCACAUCCCCACGCCGGGGGCCGCCCUGAGCUGGCAGGCGGCCAUAGACGCAGCACGGCAGGCUAAGAUGAUGGGAAAUGCGGCGUCAGGUGGAGGGGCUGGGCUGGGGUCAGGAGGGGGGGGGCCCAUAUCCACAGCAAGCUCAACACAAAGAAAGAGACAGCACUACAGCUCCAAACCCAAGAAACAGACCACAACCACGGCCACAAGGCCACCACGAGCCCUCCUCUGCCUCACACUCAAGAACCCCAUUCGCAGAGCCUGCAUCAGCAUCGUAGAGUGGAAACCGUUUGAGAUCAUCAUCCUGAUGACCAUCUUUGCUAACUGUGUGGCCUUAGCUGUCUACAUCCCCUUUCCCGAGGAUGACUCAAACGCCACCAACUCUAACCUGGAGCGUGUGGAGUAUCUGUUCCUCAUCAUUUUCACAGUGGAGGCGUUCCUGAAGGUAAUAGCUUAUGGCCUGCUCUUUCAUCCCAACGCCUACCUGAGGAAUGGCUGGAAUCUGCUUGAUUUCAUCAUUGUGGUUGUGGGGUUAUUCAGUGCGAUUUUGGAGCAGGCCACAAAGGGGGACGGGGCCACUCCGAUUGGAGGAAAGGCAGCGGGCUUUGAUGUCAAGGCUCUGAGGGCAUUCAGAGUACUCAGACCCCUAAGACUGGUCUCAGGAGUGCCAAGUUUACAGGUUGUGUUGAACUCCAUAAUAAAAGCCAUGGUUCCACUCCUCCAUAUUGCCCUGCUGGUCCUCUUCGUCAUCAUCAUCUAUGCCAUCAUCGGCCUGGAACUCUUCAUGGGAAAGAUGCACAAGACCUGCAUAGACAACCAUUCACGCAAAAAUGCAGAGGAAAAACCAGCUCCAUGUGCACCCGAUGGCGCUUAUGGUCGACACUGUCCAAAGAAUGGAACAAUUUGUCAGAUGGGAUGGGAGGGUCCAAAUGAUGGUAUCACCAACUUUGACAACUUCGCCUUCGCCAUGUUAACGGUGUUCCAGUGUAUAACCAUGGAGGGCUGGACUGAUGUGCUGUACUGGAUGCAGGAUGCUAUGGGCUAUGAGCUGCCAUGGGUCUAUUUUGUUUCUCUUGUCAUCUUCGGCUCUUUUUUCGUUCUCAACCUCGUUCUGGGAGUGUUGAGCGGGUGGCCCUGGGUGUAUUUUGUCACCUUAAUCAUCAUCGGAUCCUUCUUUGUGCUUAACUUGGUUCUGGGGGUUUUGAGCGGAGAGUUUUCCAAGGAGAGAGAGAAGGCAAAGGCACGUGGUGACUUCCAGAAACUCAGAGAAAAACAGCAGCUGGAGGAGGACCUGAAGGGCUAUUUAGACUGGAUCACUCAGGCUGAAGAUAUUGACCCAGAGAACGAAGAGGAGGGCCUAGACGAUGACAAACCUAGAAACCGUAAAAGUCAUCGCUUUCUGUCUCUGCGCGGAGCCGUGAAGAAAAAUGCGGCUUUUCUUCGUAAGGCGUUGAGUAUGCCAGCCAGUGAAAAUGAAUCUGUCAACACAGACAACGCCCCUGGUGGGGAUGUGGAAGGGGAGACCUGCUGUACCCGGCUAGCAAUUAGGAUCUCCAAAUCCAAGUUCAGCCGCUACUCUCGGAGGUGGAACAGGCUAUUUCGAAGGAAGUGUCGGGCAGGAGUUAAAUCCCAGGUGUUCUAUUGGCUGGUUAUCUUCCUGGUUUUCCUCAACACCCUGACCAUUGCGUCUGAACAUCACCGGCAGCCUCAGUGGCUUACCGAUGUCCAAGAUAUAGCCAACAAAGUUUUACUGGCUCUCUUCACUGGUGAGAUGCUGCUGAAGAUGUACAGUCUUGGCCUACAGGCAUACUUUGUGUCACUCUUCAAUCGGUUUGACAGCUUCGUUGUGUGUGGAGGAAUUCUUGAAACCAUUCUGGUGGAGACUAAAAUCAUGUCUCCUCUGGGGAUCUCUGUGUUACGUUGUGUGCGCCUGCUCAGAAUCUUCAAAAUAACCAGAUAUUGGAACUCUCUGUCCAACCUGGUGGCCUCUUUGCUCAACUCUGUUCGUUCCAUCGCAUCCCUGCUGCUCCUGCUCUUCCUCUUCAUCAUUAUCUUCUCCUUGCUGGGCAUGCAGCUCUUUGGGGGGAAAUUCAACUUUGAUGAAACCAGACGCAGCACUUUUGACAACUUUCCCCAGUCUCUGCUCACCGUGUUCCAGAUUCUAACAGGCGAGGAUUGGAAUUCCGUGAUGUAUGAUGGUAUCAUGGCAUAUGGUGGUCCAUCUUUUCCAGGCAUGCUGGUGUGCAUAUAUUUCAUCAUCCUCUUCAUCUGCGGAAACUAUAUCCUACUAAAUGUCUUCUUGGCCAUCGCUGUGGACAAUCUGGCAGAUGCAGAGAGUCUAACAUCUGCCCAAAAAGAAGAAGAGGAGGCAAAGGAGAGGAAAAAACUUGCCAGACUUGCCAGUCCAGAAAAGCGUCAUGAGAACGAGAAGCCGCCCAUCGAGGAAAAGAAAAGUGACAAGAUUGAGCUGAAGUCAAUUACUUCUGAUGGAGAGACCAACACUGCUACCAAGAUCAACAUGGAUGACUGCUGUGGGGAUGAGAAUGAAGAGAAGAACCCAUAUCCUGCAAAUGAUUACAUAGGUAAUGGUGAUGAAGAUGACGAAGAGCCAGAGAUGCCAGUGGGCCCGAGGCCGCGGCCUCUGUCCGACAUUCAGCUAAAGGAGAAGGCCGUUCCCAUGCCCGAGGCCCGCGCCUUCUUCGUCUUCAGCCACACCAACAAAUUCAGGGUUCUGUGCCAUAAGAUAGUCAACCACAACAUCUUUACAAACCUCAUCCUCUUCUUCAUCCUGCUGAGCAGCAUCAGUCUGGCAGCGGAGGACCCGGUCAAGAAUGACUCUUUCAGAAACCAGAUCCUGGGCUAUGCAGAUCACGUCUUCACUGGACUCUUCACCAUAGAGAUUAUUCUCAAGAUGACAGCCUAUGGGGCCUUCCUCCAUAAAGGUUCUUUCUGUAGAAACUAUUUCAACAUUCUGGACUUAGUGGUGGUCAGCGUAUCCCUCAUAUCCUCCGGAAUACAGUCCAGUGCAAUUAAUGUGGUAAAAAUCUUGAGAGUCCUGAGAGUGCUUAGGCCACUGAGAGCCAUCAACAGAGCCAAAGGACUAAAGCAUGUGGUGCAGUGCGUGUUUGUGGCCAUCAGAACCAUUGGUAACAUAGUCAUAGUCACCACUUUGCUCCAGUUCAUGUUCGCCUGCAUUGGAGUUCAGCUCUUCAAGGGCAAGUUCUUCUAUUGUAGCGACAGCUCCAAACAGACUCAUGCAGAGUGCAAGGGUUUUUACAUUAUAUACAAAGAUAGUGAUGUUGGGAAGCCUGAAAGAGCUCGGAGAAUGUGGGAAAACAGUGAGUUCAACUUUGACAAUGUCCUGCAAGGAAUGAUGGCUCUGUUUGCUGUAUCCACCUUCGAGGGCUGGCCAGGGUUACUGUACCGAGCUAUAGACUCCCACGCUGAGGAUGUUGGGCCCAUCUACAACUACCGCGUGGUCAUCUCUAUCUUUUUCAUCAUCUACAUCAUCAUUAUUGCCUUCUUCAUGAUGAAUAUCUUUGUCGGUUUCGUCAUCGUCACGUUUCAGGAGCAAGGCGAGCAAGAAUACAAAAACUGCGAGCUGGACAAGAACCAGCGACAGUGCGUGGAAUAUGCCCUGAAGGCCCGUCCUCUGCGGCGGUACAUUCCCAAAAACCCUUACCAGUACAAGGUGUGGUAUGUGGUCAACUCCACAUACUUUGAGUACCUGAUGUUCACACUCAUCCUUCUCAACACCAUCUGUCUGGCCAUGCAGCAUCAUGGACAGACUAAAAAUUUCAAUGAUGCAAUGAACAUCCUCAACAUGCUCUUCACCGGACUGUUCACUGUUGAGAUGAUCCUAAAGCUGAUCGCCUUCAAACCCAGGGGGUACUUUAGUGAUCCCUGGAAUGUGUUUGAUUUCCUCAUCGUAAUUGGCAGCAUAAUAGACGUCAUUCUCAGUGAAAUCAACCCAGCUGACUCCUCCUCGUCCUCGUCCUCCUCCUCUUCGUCCUCCUCUUCCUCCUCUUCCUCCUCUCACCCCCCUGUGGUAAGGCCAAUGGGACUGCAGAACUCUGAAGAGAACGCCAGGAUCUCCAUCACCUUCUUCCGGCUGUUCCGCGUGAUGAGGCUGGUGAAGCUGCUGUCUCGCGGGGAAGGGAUUCGGACCCUGCUGUGGACCUUCAUCAAAUCCUUCCAAGCUCUGCCCUACGUAGCACUGCUUAUAGUGAUGCUAUUCUUCAUAUACGCUGUCAUCGGCAUGCAGAUGUUUGGUAAGAUAGCUCUGCAGGACCACACGCAAAUCAACAGGAACAACAAUUUCCAGACAUUCCCUCAGGCAGUGCUGCUGCUCUUCAGAUGUGCAACAGGCGAGGCUUGGCAGGAGAUCAUGCUGGCCUGUUCACCCCAUCGGCCGUGUGAGAAAGGCUCGACCAAUGAAAACAGCACGUCUAGCGAAGACUGCGGCAGCCAGUUUGCCAUCAUUUACUUUGUCAGUUUCUACAUGCUUUGUGCCUUUUUGAUCAUCAACCUUUUCGUUGCUGUAAUCAUGGACAACUUUGACUACUUGACACGUGACUGGUCGAUCCUCGGGCCGCAUCAUCUUGAUGAAUUUAAGAGAAUCUGGGCUGAAUAUGACCCAGAAGCGAAGGGGAGGAUAAAACACCUCGAUGUGGUCACUCUGCUCCGAAGAAUCCAGCCUCCUCUUGGCUUCGGGAAGCUCUGUCCACACAGGGUCGCAUGCAAGCGUCUGGUGUCGAUGAACAUGCCUCUGAACAGCGAUGGAACCGUGAUGUUCAACGCUACACUGUUUGCUUUGGUCAGAACUGCACUCAGGAUCAAGACAGAGGGCAACUUGGAGCAGGCUAAUGAGGAGCUAAGGGCAAUCGUGAAAAAGAUCUGGAAGCGAACUAGCAUGAAACUGCUGGAUCAAGUAGUGCCCCCUGCUGGUGAUGACGAGGUAACAGUUGGAAAGUUCUACGCCACAUUCCUCAUCCAGGAAUAUUUUCGCAAGUUUAAGAAGAGGAAAGAACAAGGACUGGUGGGCAAGGUGCCCCCCAAAACAGCCCUCUCUCUGCAGGCGGGCCUGCGGACACUGCAUGACAUUGGGCCAGAAAUUAGAAGGGCCAUUUCUGGAGACCUGAAUGUGGAGGAGGAGCUGGACAAAGGACUGAAGGAGCCUGUGUCAGCUGCAUCUGAGGAUGAUAUCUUCAGGCGCACUGGUGGCUUAUUUGGCAACCAUGUUAACUACUACAGCCAGAGUGAUGGCCGCGGUUCGUUUGCGCAGUCCUUCACCACUCAGCGCCCGCUGCAUAUCAGCCAGAAGGGCUCGCCUUGCGAAGGCGAGAGCCCAUCUCACGAGAAGCUCAUGGACUCCACCACCUUCACCCCUUCCUCUUACUCUUCAUCGGGAUCCAACGCUAACAUCAACAAUGCCAACAACACCUGCAUGACUGGGGUGGCACCCCAGGGCAUCAGUCGAUAUCCGAGCCCAUCCAUUAGCACUGUGGAUGGGCACACGGGGCAGCCUCUCACCCCAAUACUGCUGCCCAGGCCUGCAUGGUGCUUCCCUCCAAAGAGCUCGGAUUCGAGUGACAGUCGUCUGCCAAUCAUCCAAAGAGGGGAGGGGUCAACAGAGGAGACAUACGAUGAGAGUUAUGGUGACGACAGGGAGUACCAAGAAGAUGACCACUCACUCUCGUCUGACAUGUUGGUGUAUCAUGAUGACCCAUGUAAGCAGCUGACUCCCAUGGAGGAAGCAGAAGAAGUAGAGGACAGAAGAGGAGGAGGAGGGUGGCAGUCUCCACGAAAAGUCUUCCUCUGCCCAACUUCUCUCGUGCGGAGAUCGUCCUUCCAUUUGGAGUGUCUCCGGAGACAGUCUAAGCCUGAUGUCUCCCAGAAGACGGCUGUACCCUUACAUCUCGUACAUCACCAGGCUCUGGCAGUGGCAGGGCUGAGUCCUUCACUGCUGGCAAGGAGUCACUCACCUACACUCUUUAGCCGGUUGUGCUCCACACCCCCAGCCAGUCCUACAGCCCAUUGCAGUGAUGCGUCUUACCAGCGAGUUCCCUCUCUGAGGUUAGAGGGUUCCAACUCACAUGAAAAGCUCAAUACCAGCUUACCCUCUGUCAACUGUGGCCCUUGGUACAGCGACAGCAACGGGAACAGCCGGGCGCCCAGCCCCAGCAUGUCAGUGUCCAGUCACAGAGCACCGCGACCUGUGUCGCUCACAGUGCCCUCGCUUUUGGGGAAGGACCCCAGCUCACUGUCUCAUGGCAGCGCAGGCAGCCUGGUGGAAGCGGUCCUCAUAUCGGAGGGUUUGGGUCGUUUCGCCCAGGACCCUUCAUUCAUCGAGGCGACCAAAGCCGAGCUGGCAGACGCCUGCGACAUGACCAUAGAGGAAAUGGAGCAGGCCGCCAACAACAUUCUAAACGGCAACACCCCCACAAACCCCACGUCCAGCACCUCUUCCACCUCUCAGCACAGCCCUAAUGGCAACCUCCUGCCCUUCUACUCGGCCGCAGCGGCCGCGCACAGGGACCGAGUGGUCAGCCUGAGUCCCAGUGAAAGCGGGGCGGAGGCCGGGGGGAACCGUGACUCCAUCCACGGGCCGUCCUCUAUAGAGGAGCGGCAGGAGCUGCUAGCCAGGGGGAGAGGGAGGGAAGAGGAGGAGGAGGAGGAGGCAGAAGAGACUGAGGAGGGACACCACAGAGGUUCAGCAGUGAUAGCGGGAGCGCCGCAGCGGAACAGCCGGCUUUUGGAUGAUGAAGAUAUGGAGUGUGUGACGAGCUUGUAG